AUGGUCCGGAAGCAGGAUCAGGACCAACACGACGACAAAGCAGCAUUAUCGCCGCAGCUACUACCGACCCCUCUCCUGCCUUACUACUCGUUUGUGACCACAGUCUCCUUUGAGGACACUUCUCAUACGACUGGGUGUCUGCUCGGCAACAGUCUUCCCACAAAGGAAUCCGCCGUUCAGGAUUUCAUGGAGAGAACGGGUCGAGCCGCCCGAGCCCUUGCUCAGGAGCCCUUCCAUCGCUUUAGGCGGGGCGAUGUUGAAAAAGCCAUUGUUUCCGAAGUAACCGAGCUGCAGCUCCGUCAGGAUCUGACUUGGGCUCUGUGUUUUUCGAACGCCGAGUGCAUUCAAACCCUGUACAUCUCCAUCGCGGAUAUCGACCGAUACAUGACGCUGAUGCCUCGGCUCAAGGUGCUCUCCGAGGUCAACUUCCAGCUGGAUCGGAAUACCACUAUGGAGUUACAACCGGAGCAUGAAUAUACUCCGGAGGAGAGGACGCUGUCGGCGAGACUGGAGGAAGAACGGACGAGGCGAUUGGAGGAGAUGAUUUUGUUUGUGAAGGAACAUCAGCGUCACCACCCCAAAUCCAUCAAGACCGCCCGAUGCCUCAGCGACCGAGCGAAACGGGACAGUUGCCCAGAUGAGUAUUGUUUCCGACUUCUCCAAUCACUCCCACCCUUGAACCAGCCUCGAUGCCUUGACCGCAACAAUUGGGCUCAGUUUACCGCCAAUGUUGCCGAUACCGAUCUGUCUUGUGUCAAAAGUAUCCAGUACGAAAUGAGUGGCAGGGAGGUCAGGUUUUUGAGUCACCUUCUGGAGCAGCGUCCUUUCCUCCAGCGCUGUCGGUCUUUGGAGAAACUCUCCGUUGCUUCCUUUGGCGAGGACAUGUUCAAGUGGGCCGUGCAGGAGCGCAAGGAUUUUGAUGAGAGGACAGCUGCCACCUCCUUCCAUCCUGACACGUUCAAGAGCACCAGGAAUUUGUGCAGCCUCGAUCUGCGAUUGGAAUUUCACGAUACUUACUCCUUCAUUCCUCACCUGAAGCAAUUUGAUCAGACUUCAGCAAACAACAGUGGCGAAUCGGCUGACAAGCAUGACGACGAUGACGACGAUGACGACGACAACGACAACUCCUUUUCGACACCAUCUCCACAAAGACGACAACCUAUCUGGACCUGGGACUGGGAUCUCCCCAACCUGACGUACUUGUGUCUGACCUCCGAGCUUGCCUAG